AUGAAGGAGCAUUCUGAAGCACCUCAGGAGAUAACUGCAGCAUUAACCGGGCCACCUGACCCUGCCUUCCACACCCUUCCUGGUGUUCCGCACCGUGAGGGGGGCAGCAGCAGCAGCAACAGCAGCAUCAGCGACAACAGCAACAGCAGCAACAGCAGCAGCGACACGCAGCAGCGAGAGUAUUUGGAAAACUGCAGCUCACCUUUCCUGUCUGAGUAUGGUAAUGCUGCGUUUGCUGCUCUGAGUGGCUUCUUGAACUCCGCCAUAGCAGCAGGAGGUGCAGCAGCAGCAAGAGCAGCAGCAGUGCCGCAGCGGCUGGCGUCUCUUGCUGCAGCAGCUGGCUUGCCCGGAGCAGGCGAUCCCGAGGAGCAGGUGCAGCAGCAGCAACAGCAGGUGGAGGAGGAACAGCAGCAACAGCAACAUUUGGGCCUCGGCACAUCAAUACCGUGGCGUUGCCCCUUCCACCACCCACAAAGCCGGCAGCGGAGUCCUACAACAGCAGCAGCAGCUGCAGCAGCAGGUGUAGGGCAUCGCAGAGGAAGACUCCUGCAGCGGGGCCGAGGCUCUGGCAGCAGUAGCAGGAACCGCAGCAGCAGCCGCAAGGGGCCGCAGCGCCGCCACCGCACAUUAGGUUGGAGUGCAUACGCCGCGCGUCCAUACAGCCGUCCGCGACAGCAGCAGCAGCAGCAGCAAGGGGGUCUAUGGUUCGGGGACGUCUCCCUUAACUUCAGCUGCCCGCUGUGUCUGGCGAUUUCGCUUUCUGCUGCAGCGCGAGGGCGGGCUGUGCAUGCAGUAGACACUUGUGUAAGCGUCCUUCAGCAGCAGCAGCAGAAGCAGCAGCAGCAGCAAUCUGGAGAUAGUGACGAGUCGGAUUGUUUUGAUUCGCCUCAGGAGGGAACUCCCCGCCAUCCUUACUGCGGUCCUGCUGCUCUCAAUACAGGGCUGCAGCAGGAGCAGCAACACCUGUUCCCAGAGCAGCAGCAGCAGCAGCAGCAGAGGCUGUUAGAGGGUAGCUUGUUCUGUACAGACAGCAGAGAGGCGCAGCAGCAGCAGCGGCGCCACAGAGCCUUCGACGUCAUCAUAUCUGCUCUACUGCCGCGGUCUCUAGGUAGCAGCAGCAGAGAUUCUCCUCGUCCUUCAAGUGUUGCAACAGCAGCAGCAACAAAAGCAGCAACAGAAGCAGCAGAAGACGCGGAGACCCCCAACAGCCGACGGGGACAGUUUGUAGCUUCACUUCCUUCUCGGGCGCUUGCCUUGGCGGGUGCGGCCGCAGCAGCAGCAUCGGCCGCAGCAGCAGCGGCUGCCGCAGCAGCCCCUGCAACGCUUCGUCGCCGUCACAGCAGCAGCAACAGCAGGAACAGCAGCAAUACCAUCAGCAGGAGCAGCAGGCGCCUGGCGGAGAGCAGCACGGCCCCACACUACGCUGAAUAUUUAGCCUUUCAUGUGGAGAAGUGGCGAGAGGGAUCGUUCGAUCAUUUAGAGAUCGAGGCAGAUAAUCUUCUUGUCGAUCCUUUACAAGCUCGCUGCACUAUUAUGUAA